AGGGACCAACAUCUCAUCCCGGGAAGGAGGGACGCCCUGCGCAACGGGUGCCUCCCCAACUCGCAGACGGGCCCCCUGCAGGCUCCUCCGGGUGCCAAGCCACCGUCUCCCCCUCUCUUCUUCUCCCCCGCCGCCGCCGCCGCCCUUUGGGAAGCCCUGCCCGGCUGCCCCGCGCCCACCCGCCCGACCGCUGGCCGUUCUACCCGGGACCGUUAAAGCCAGAUGGAGGACGGAGGAGGGCGCCCAGCCGCCCGCAGUGCCGGGAGGCUUUGCCUGGCCGUCUUGCUGCUCCGCGCCGCCCCUCUCUUCGCAGCCCUCGAUUAUCAAACAUUUUUGCAUAUCACAUAUCCACAGAAGAUACCGUCCAACUUCAGUGAAGAUUCAGAGGACGAGAGCUCACAGGCUUAUAUUAUAUCAAUAAACAAGACAAACUACACAGUUCAUCUGAGGCAACAAACAUUUUUGACAGAUGACUUUAUAGUUUAUACGUAUAACAAAGGGGGUUUUGUGGAACCCAAUUCGCCAAGUCUUAAGGGUGAAUGCUUCUAUCAAGGAUAUGUUGAAGGGCACCCCAAAUCUCUUGCAACAUUUACCACCUGUUCUGGGCUCAGAGGAUUGCUGCAGUUUGAGAACGUCAGCUAUGGAAUUGAGAUUUUGGGGUCCUCGUCUACGAAUGAACAUCUUGUUUAUCAAAUAAGGAAUGAAAACAUCCAGGGCCCACUUUUGACGGAAGCCGACAACAUGCUCACGGAGAAAGUUUAUGAAGUGGGACCCGAGGAGGUGUCUUACAAGUUGCUCUCCGACACUGAACCACAGGCAGAUGUCACCAAAUCUCACCGAUAUAUAGAAAUGUAUAUCAUUGUUGACAAGGGCUUGUACUUCUAUUUGGGUAGAAACCAGGAGAUUGUAACCCAGAGUAUAGCUCAAGUUAUCGGCUUUGUCAACAGUAUAUUUAGCAGCCUUAACAUAACAGUUGUCCUCUCCUCUUUGGAAUUCUGGACAGAUCAUAAUAAAAUCUCCACAUCGGAAGAGCCCGACAAGUUACUUCGCAGUUUUCUGCUAUGGAAAAAUUCCUAUCUUGUUCUGCGACCUCAUGACGUGGCAUACUUAUUAGUUUACAGGGAGAAGCCUCAGUAUGUAGGAGCAGCCUUUGCAGGAAAGCUGUGCCUCCGGAACUUCGAUGCAGGAGUCGCUCUGUACCAAAAGUCAAUAACCCUGGAGACCUUUUCAGUCAUCCUGGCACAAGUGCUGGGACUCAGCCUGGGGAUGGACCAUGACGAUGGCAAGGACUGCCACUGCUCAGCACCCAUCUGCGUCAUGAACACCCGGGCCGUACGUUCAAAUGGGAUCAAACCCUUUAGUAGCUGCAGCAUCGAGGACUUCAAGAGUUUCAUUAAGUUCAAGGGUGCCCAUUGCCUUUCUAACAGACCUCAUUUAAAACUGUACUAUAAGAAGAGGACCCCAGAGACCCAUUCCGUUUGUGGGAAUGGGGUUUUGGAGACCGGAGAGAAGUGCGACUGUGGCUCAGAAGAGGAGUGUAAGCAAAGUAAAUGUUGCACUGCAUCAUGCACGUUUCAGCAAGGGGCCACGUGCAGUAAUGAGGCAUGCUGCUACAACUGUAAGUUUAAGCCAAAAAACACAGUAUGUCGAUCAAGCGUUGAUAGCACCUGUGAUUUUCCGGAGUACUGCAAUGGGACAUCUGCAGUGUGCCCGCCUGAUGUUUAUGUCCAGAAUGGGUACAGGUGUGCUGGAAAUACUGGCUAUUGUUAUGGUGGAGCGUGCCAGUCCCCUGAUCUACACUGCCAGGAGAUCUUUGGCAAAAAUUCCGGAAAUGCUCCUCAGGCCUGUUACGAAGAAAUCAAUGGACAGACGGAUAGAUUUGGACACUGUGGGAGCGACCCAAAACAUGGAUUUAAGGCUUGUUCGGCUCGGAAUAUCAGAUGUGGAAAGUUGAUUUGCUCAUAUCCUAGCACUGUUCCUUUUGUUGGAAUGAAAGUCCCUGUCCUGUAUGCUCCAGUGGAAGAUACGAUCUGUGUUUCUCUGGACUUGAAACAGCUGGAGACAGCAUUUGACCCAAUGCUGGUGAAAGAUGGUACCAAGUGUGGAAAUGAUAAGGUUUGUAUCAAGCAAGUUUGUGAGAAAUAUGAAGUCCUGAAGUACAACUGUAAUCCUGAAAAGCAAUGCUCUGGGCAUGGAAUCUGCAGCAACAGGAAAAUUUGCCACUGUGACCCAGGCUGGGCUCCUCCGAACUGUAAAAUGAAAGGGAACUCCCUGGGAGGAGGUGCCGACAGCAGGCUGAUGCGUGCCGUGGACCCUCAAAUUGCAGAGAGAGCCGCCCAAAGCAGCAAGCGGAUGUGGGUGCUGCUAAGCAUCUUUCUAUUUCUGCCCAUUGCGCUGGGGUCGGCCGUCCUGGUUGCCAAGUGGAACCAGAUCAGCCACUACUGUAGAAGAGCAAAGGAGUCAGAUGAUGAGGAUGAGGAAGAGUCUAGAUCUUAUUCUGCAUCAGAGAACAUGAGCAUAUCGGACAAAGCAAGGUCUAGAUCUCCAUCAGAAGAAAGAAGCAUAUCUGAAAAAGCAAGUAUAUGAGUAGUAGCACCAGCAACCGGCAAGAUCUGAGCUGGGCACCAGGAAAGAAAAGCAGAGACAAGACUGCUACAGCUUGUGUGUUACGAAGCCUUGUAGUUGCUGAAUAAAUUAUUAUUUGCACAGAAAACCUAAA